AUGGACUUUUCCGCUGUUAAAGGACUUCCUUACAAACCAGUCCGAAAACUAGGUAAUGGGUCAUUCGGAGAAGUCUUCCUCAUGGAACACAUCCGAGCUCCAAACAUCACAGCGGCAGUUAAAGUCCUGGAGGUAGACUACUGUAGAAAAGCUGAAAUCCUGGAGGAGUUCCACCUUCACAAGAAGCUCUGCCGAACUGUGCACCAGAACAUAAUCAACUUGUACUGGAUGCACAGAACAUCUGACUGCAUUUAUUUUGUGAUGGAAGAUGUUGAUGGUGGCACUUUGUUCGAUAAAUUUGAAACGAACAAAAUUGAGCCAGCAGCAGCUCAAAACUACUUUAAGCAGCUUAUAGCUGGCUUGAAGUAUAUUCAUGAAGAGCUGAAAAUUUGUGAUUUCGGCGCCGCGAUGCGGUACCGGUAUGGAGCUGAAGAGAUCCUGCUAGGAAGUGGGGUAGGAAGUGCGGAGUACACGGCUCCUGAGCUAUACGCUUCCCUAAAGUGCCGAGGACCCCCGCUAGAUGUAUGGUCCGCGGGUGUCACUUUGAUGCUCAUAGUUAGUGGAUUACAAUUGUGGAAGUAUGCUGACAUAGAAUCUCCCGGCUAUGUGGAUUGGAUCAAAGGCAAGACUCUUUCAAGGAAACCAUGGGAUGAAAUGGAUGUCUCUCUUAUCAAACUGCUCCGAAAAGUUGUGACGGAUAAGGUGGACAAAAGAUGGACACUUGAAAGAAUUGAGAAAUGUAAAUGGAUGAAAGGAGGUGGGCGAGGAAGAAGUAGGUCUCGGCUGAAUGUUGGUUCUAAAGGGAAAGGUGGAAUGCGUGGGAAUGGAGUGAGAGGAGGGCUCGGAGUUCGAGGAUCUAUGGGAGGUCGUGGGUCAACUGGAAGUGGAAUCAGAGGAAGUAGCUCGUAUUCAGGAGGUGUGAGGACCGGUGCACACGGAUAUAAAGUACAAUCCAAAACCUCCUCCUUUUCUGACUACGGUUCUUCAUCGUUCCGCUCGUCUCACUUUGGUCAUAGCCCUAAUACCCAAAUACGGCCAGGACAUCCGAUGGUCGUACUUGCGGCUGCCACACCGAUUUUAUACGAUAACCGGAAUUACUAUUGGAGUUACGGUUUAGCUCGGUCCGAAACCAAUGUCAGCAAUCCAACAGUUAUCUGUGAAUAUGUUUUUGGAGAGGAUGAUGGCGAAUUGGAACAUGUGACUUAUUCCAAUGGCACCCAGAUAAAGUCAAUAUUUUUCGAAUGCUCCGGACGAGUGAACUGUUGUGGAAUGUAUUGCUGUCACGAUUUUGGGCAAUGGUGGGAGAUGUGA